UGCGCUAUUUCGUCUGUAGUCAACCCCGUGUCUAUCUGUACGUUUAUGUCAGACAAAAUCCUUGUAGCUAAAUAGCUAGACAUUGCUAUCUGACAUCCACAUGUUCUUGCGCAGUAGACUAGAAUAGUUAUUUUCUUUACUAAUAACUGGAUUUAGACACAAUUAUCGCUUCUUUCGCUUUCAUUUGAAGGUUUUUGUACGGGUUUACCUUUGACUAUAUCACCACUAAUCAGCUCUAACUUCACCGCGACUGCCACGGGGACUCUACCAUAACCCUGAAGGGAAACGGGUCUUACCGAUUUUCCUUCCCCAGGACAGAUGCACCCUGCUGCCCAGCUUGGCAGGAGCGAUGGGAUGUGUCAACUAGAUGACACAGUCCUGGACCAUGUGAGGGAGCUGAAAGAACAAUCUGCCGCGUUUCUACCAGAGAGAGGGGGUGGCGAGACGGCCAAAACCAAGGAGGAGAGAGGAAUGGGAGUGGGGAAGAAUACCACCUCCAAGUUGAUGGAGGGAGAAGGCGGGAAGUAUGAGGAGGAGAACAAGCACAGCGCAGACUUCUACCCCAUUCCGGUGGUGGUGAAUGGUGUCGGACAGACAGCUGGAGAUCAAGACGCAGAAGACACUGAGCUGAUGGCCAUCUACUCUAAAGAGAACCACAGGGAGGAGAAGAGUUCUAUGUCCGAGACGUUGAACAGUGCCGACAGCACGGACGCCCGGAGGAUGGAUAUGAUCUACACCAUUGAAGACAAGCCUCCCUGGUAUCUCUGUGUAUUCCUGGGGUUACAGCACUACCUGACAUGUUUCAGUGGUACCAUUGCGGUGCCUUUCCUCCUGGCUGAAGCCAUGUGUGUGGGCUUUGACCAGUGGGCGACCAGUCAGCUCAUAGGAACCAUCUUCUUCUGCGUGGGCAUCACCACCCUGCUCCAAACCACGCUGGGCUGCAGGCUCCCUCUGUUCCAGGCCAGUGCGUUUGCCUUCCUGGCGCCUGCCCGAGCAAUCCUGUCACUGGAUAAGUGGAAGUGUAACGCAACAGUGGUUGCGCCCAUGUUCAAUGAGACCAUGCUGCUCAACACUGAGCACAUCUGGCAUCCCCGGAUACGAGAGAUCCAGGGGGCCAUCAUCGUGUCCUCUCUAAUAGAGGUCAGUAUCGGUUUCCUGGGGCUCCCAGGGCUCCUGCUCAAGUACAUCGGGCCCCUGACCAUCACCCCCACCGUGGCGCUCAUCGGCCUGUCUGGCUUCCAGGCUGCGGGGGAGAGAGCAGGGAAACACUGGGGCAUCGCUAUGCUAACAAUCUUCCUGGUGCUGUUGUUCUCUCAGUAUGCCAGGAAUGUACAGUUCCCUCUGCCGGUUUACAAGGCUAAGAAAGGCUGGACAUCUUAUAGAUUACAGCUCUUCAAGAUGUUUCCUAUCAUUAUGGCCAUCCUGGUGUCAUGGCUCCUUUGUUUCAUCUUCACUGUUACCAAUGUUUUCCCGCCGGAGAAAGACAAAUACGGUUACUACGCGCGCACCGACGCCCGCCAGGGGAUACUGGCAGCCGCACCCUGGUUUAAGAUCCCCUACCCCUUUCAGUGGGGAGUUCCUACAGUAACGGCGGCCGGUGUGAUCGGUAUGUUCAGUGCAGUGGUGGCCAGCAUCAUUGAGUCCAUAGGGGACUACUACGCCUGUGCCCGUCUCUCCUGUGCCCCCCCUCCCCCUGUUCAUGCAAUCAACAGAGGUAUAUUCAUGGAAGGGUUGUCCUGUGUUUUGGAUGGGCUGAUGGGGACAGGAAAUGGCUCUACUUCCUCCAGUCCUAAUAUAGGCGUGUUGGGCAUCACCAAGGUAGGCAGCCGGCGUGUGAUCCAAUAUGGUGCCGCUAUGAUGCUGCUCCUAGGGCUGGUGGGUAAAUUUAGCGCAUUGUUCGCCUCCCUGCCUGACCCUGUCCUGGGGGCCCUUUUCUGUACCCUGUUUGGGAUGAUCACAGCUGUGGGACUGUCCAACCUGCAGUUUGUGGACCUCAACUCCUCCAGGAACCUCUUUGUUCUGGGCUUUUCCAUCUUCUUUGGCCUGGUGUUGCCCAGCUACCUCAAGCAGAACCCUCUGGUUACUGGUGUAUUGUCUAUAGACCAGGUGUUGAACGUGCUCCUGACCACAGCAAUGUUUGUAGGUGGCUCAGUGGCAUUUGUACUGGACAACACUAUCCCUGGUACCCCAGAGGAGCGUGGGAUCAGGAAGUUGAAGCGCGGGUCAGGAACCAGUGCUGCAGAGCUGGAGGGGAUGAGAACCUAUGACCUCCCAUUCGGCAUGGACUUCCUGCGCCGCCACACCAUCUUCCAAUACUUCCCCAUUAGCCCCACAUUUAACGGCUACCAGUGGGCCACGAUCCGCAAGUCCUGCAGACAUAGGGGGAGGCAGGGGGAGAUGGGGAAGACAGCAGAGAUGGAGGGAGUCACAGGGGAGAGUGGGGUAUAACAGGCUGGUAGAACCAGGGUGGAGGGCAGGGGGAGAGUGUUUGGAACCAGGGAAGGGAGGAGGUUUUGGGCUCGCAUCAGGGCAGUGUGCCGUGCUCAACCCUCAGUUGUAUGUGCUUAUAUAUAACUCCCUGUUCAUGCCCUAGUCAUGCUGUUAUAACAUGUCAUAAGCAUGUUCAGAACAGUUGUCUACAUAUAGGGGUGUAACAAUGUCUAGCCUCUGCCUUUGUGAGUGUCUUAGACUGGCCCCUUACUGGUUCCCCUAAUUAACGCAGUAUUUCUACUGGAUCCUCAUUACAACACAUUUCUUUUCCCAGUCAACAUGUGUACAUCAGUCAGUCUGUCUACAUUCAUUCAAAGAGGAAUGAAAAGAAAAGGUUUCUUCUCAGCUGUUGAACCAAAAUAUUCGGAUUCUGUUCCACUCCCAAUGGUGUGCGUGCGUGCGUGCCUGGCUACGCCCUCCCACCCAUUUCGAUUGUGGGUUUGUGUGUGUCACUUGACUGAGACAUUCCCUGUUUAAGGACAAAUGAACAAAGACAGACAGAUGGAUGGACGGACAGUAUGUCAUGUUUCAAAGCUGAAUGUUAGUCAGCUCACAGACCCAUUAGGAGUCCAAUACAUUCUGCCAUGUUUGGCGAGGUGGUUAUGGGAAAGGUAGUCUCCUGUUUAUAGGCAACUGGAUGAAAGAUGCGGUGUCUCUUAUAUACGUCUGGAGAUUCUAUUAAUUGUAUCAUAUCUGCAUUUCCGGUUGAUAAUUGGGGACAUGGUGUAUUUGUGUGCAUCUGAUCUAGCAUUUACCUACAACCCUGCCUGUUAAAUGGUGUCUAGUCACUGUUUAUGGUAACACAAACUCCUUAAUUUGCUGUAUAUAUUUUAGAAGUUGGUAUAUGAACAUAGAGUUUAUCAAAUAAAUCACAGUGGCAAAUGUGAUCCCAUCUGUAGAGGUGUGGGCAGAAUGUUUAAAUAUUUUCUGUGAGUUUUUAAGAUAUAAAUGGCACUGUCUCGUGUAAAAGCAGGUCAUCCUUUGGUUACUAAUAUCUGUAGUUUUUGAUAAAAGCGUUAAAUCUCCAAUGUCAUAAAGUCUGCCAACACUAAUCACCACUCAACCAUCGUCAUUUAUGUUGUAUUUUAUCAGCUAGAUUUAGGCCUUUAUUUAAAAAGUAUAUUAUCUAUAUAUUUAUAUAAAUGAGGCUAUGUGCUACUAUGGUUUUGGUUAUCUGUUCUGUCAUUAGGUCUAUGUUUUAAUGUUUUAUAGUUGACUGGAAGUAUAGGUCCAUUGCAUCAAACAUUUACAUUUGCCCCCAAAUAGUUAUAGUUUCUCGCAAUACAGUUGAAUAAUGAUCAGCCACUACCUUUUGUCCAUACGCAUGGUCUGACUUCUGCACAGAAAUGGCCCAACUUUCCCCUAAUUUCCAAUAUUGAUAACUACCAACCUUUGUAGUUUUGUUAUAUCCAGUCUUGUACAUUGACACGUUUGAUGAAUGAAACCCUUGGAUAGGCUUGAUGCAAAUUCACUUUAAACUAAUCACAGUCCUGCACACUACGUACCCACACACACACACACACACACGUUUAUUGCAUGCAGAAAUGCAUAGUCAUGAAGAUCCUAUAGAUUCAAGUGGCUUUUCAGGUGGCAGACCGUAGCCAUGCAAAGUGAUUGUGAUAUUUGUUUUGCACUAUUAUUCGCAAAAGAUAACGCUGGCUGAAAGCUGCUCCUCUAUCUGGCUUCUACCCACAACACAGGCCCAUGUCUAGCCCUCUAAAAGGACUGUUAGCUUCUACCCACAUGAUCUCUGGGGAGUCUAGGUCAGUGUAAGAACUAGGGCUGGGUUUAAGGGCUUGAUUUGGGACUGGGAACGAGGAUUAACUUCCAGGCCUUACUGUGUCAGUAUUAUCUUUAGCAUCGUUAACUAGCUCCACCAAAACCAGCUCUCCCCAGAACAUAGCUGCUGUUUGUUACACCUGGAAUCAAUGUUUUAUGGUUGGCUUCUGCUCAUAAGCCAUUAUUGAAUAGGUUGUAGUCAUUGCUGUAAGUUGUACUGCUUGUAAGGACCUAGAAUCAUAAAUGAUGAGCAACUGGAUUUAUACAGUACAAUCGCAAUUGGAACAAACCUUAUAGUCAUGUUCAGUUGGAUGUGUACAGUACAAUCUGAAGUGGAACAAACUGUAUAGCCAAGUUCAUAGGCAGUUUGGAAGCCCACUUUUUGGGGGUUAAAAUGCUUUAUCAACUAGCAGAAUGCACUUGUUUAGCUGGUUGGGUAGACACUCCCCCACAGAUGUAACUAGGCAAAUGACCAGAAAGGCACUUAGAAACCUUUAGUACCCAAAUGCCUGAUGGCAAGUGUGAAAAUGCAUUUUUGUCCUCGUAGUGCCAAUCCUUUCUCUGAUCUCUAGUGGCCUCCCUCUGCUCUGUCCUGUUGCUCCACACAUUACUGCUGUGUUCAGGUGAACAUGCUGCAUUUCCCCACACGGCACCGUAACCCAGUCGUCCUCACGUUGAAGGUUUGGGGGUGGCCUGGAUGGGGUCUUUUGAGAGGUUUGUACAGGAGAGGGAGAUUGUUGGGGUAUUUCCUUCAAUCGCUCGCUGACUGUACAUUCUUGUCCUGGACUCAUUGAUUCUGACCAUUGUCAUUUUGAGUGUUGUUACUGGUGUCAUUGUUAACUUUGUUGGCGUUCGGCCCUCUCCCUAUUGCUCCCCUGCCUGCUUCCUUCUUCACAUCCAAGUUUUUCUCCCUGACUAUGUGGUAGGGUGUUUCACAUCUGGGGUCAAGUUCAUAUCCAGCAUUAUCCAAUGGAGAGUGCAUCAGAAUGGGACCCGACACCAUAUAUAGUACACUAUGACAAGAGAAUGACUUGUAUAGAGUUGACAUGGAGGCACCCCUGUGAAACACCACAGAAAAGCUGUGUUCUUGUGGGAGCUGUCUUGUAUAGAAAACCACCGGUUGAUGGUUGAGGUAGAGUUGAAUUGUGACUCUUCAUGGCCAGUGUAGUUACUCGACUAAGACACAAGUCUUCAUAAUAUGUUACGUAGACAAGCAGACUGGUGGUGAUCUCCACAGACCCUGAAAGCUAAAGAAACACCUGUCCAUUGUUCAUUCUUUCUUAUUACCUUCUCUUCACUGCACCAAAACAAAGAGUGGUGGAAGUCACUUGUUCUGAGAUUUAAAGAAAUGUUAAGUGACGUUUUAGAUUUCCUUGGUUUUAUCUUGUUGAUCGGUUUUAUUUAUUUAUUUAUGAUUAGUAAGAAAGUUCAUGUUUAGUGAGAUUUAUGACGCUUAUUUGUCUGCCUUAUGCACAGUGUCCAAAAUAUUGAUCCAUUCUGAGUUUACUUGUUCUGGCCCUAUAAGAAUGUUUUUCUGAAUCUCCCAUGCUGCAUAAAGAUGAAGUCAGCCCCACAAGCAGUAUGUGGAAGUUACCUUUGGGUUCUGUUCACAUUCUCCCUCAUGUAUAUAGUUAGAACACGGUAUUUCUGUGCCUAUAGACAACUUCUAAAUGGAGCUGUUUAGUGGAAGGCUCCAGAGGGGUGCUCUUACAGCUUGGAGAGGGAGAAGAAAAACUUUUUACAAAGGUCAUAAAAUCCCAUAAGGUGCUCUUCAUACAAUAGGUCAUUCCAUUAAUGUUAUGUUUAACAUUCUGCUCUAAACAGGUGGGUUUUUCAUGGUUUUGUACCAGGGUUUAAUAAGACAGAAUGCCUGACUCUGGGUAAACGGGUGUCAUACAAUUAGAAGCCAGAACAGUCCAUGGCUUUGCAGGCUAUGCUGCCCUCCAAUGCUCUGCUCCCUAGACUAAGAAAAAUGUAUGUCACAGAUUAGCUGUCUUUUGAUUUGGGCUUGGAGAUGUGCAAUGGUAGCUGAGAGUGUGUGUUCUGGCUCUUCUAGCUGUGAAAUUCCUUUGAAAUUCCUUUAUAACACACAUGAAUAUUCUAUGAUGCUAUUUCUGUGACAGCACCCGGCAACUAGCAGAGAUGUUUUGUCUGUUUCCUGCCUCCCCCAUUUCUCACUCCUUUCUCAUGUUCCUCCUCCUUGGCCCUCACUGCAGAUACGGUGUCGGUGUCUUUUUUGUUUAAGUGUACUUGUUUUCUCUGUUGGAAUCUUUAUGCAUGUUGCUGGAUGCAGGAAUAGACACUGGUUCAUUCAGAGUCUGUGGAUCUGGGGCAAGGCUAAUUCAGAAUAGAGGGCCCCUGACACUGAUUUAUGGUCAUUCCGCCUGACUAAUGGUUUAUAUUAGGAUUUGGAGUGGGUAAACUUAUCCUGAAUCUGUGUCAAAAUACUUAUUUUUAAGUGUUGAACAAUCGCUUGGUUUGACUUUGAUACAUCUAUAGUUUGUAAUAUUUUUGAGGGAUGGGGGGUGAGUGAGAGAAAAUAUUGUUACGAUUGAUCUCCCUCAAGGUCAGAAACCAUGCCCUAGGAUCCAGGUCAGGUCUAAUGUAUGACCACAAGGUGUAUGACACAAAGAAUUAUCCCUUUCAGUUAUUUUGAAGGGGAAGCUACCUUGAAGAAUAUACAUUUCUCUAUCUCAAGUGUUUUAUCUUUUUCAAUGUUUUUCUUUGUUUUUUAUACAUUUUUUUUUGUUGGUUUUUUACAGAGAAUUUACUGUAAGAAAAUAAAUCAUGCAUUUAAUCUUAAAUUGACAUGCUGCAAUGCGCACCAUUUUUGUUACAUUUUUAUUUAAUUAAAAUAAAGAAAAUAAAUGUUUGUUUCUAUUUCAAAUCUGUAGUUUGGUGGAAUACUUUUGUUAGCAACACAUUUUUCAUAUUGUAUUUUUCUAACAUUGCUUCCUGUUAUCACGUUAAUACAGUAUCAGUAAAAUUGAGAAAAAGCUGACACGCUGACUUUAAACAAAUGUUAAAAAUAUAUAAAUGUAUAUUGAAUUUUGUGUGCUGAAACCUUCUGGACCAGACAUUGUGUAUACUAAUAGUAGCAGCAGAAUGUUAUACUCUUUGUUCCUAAAAUAGUUUAAUAAGAUGUUACAGAAUUUACGCUGUCUGUUGUCUUUAUUGUUAGUUUAUUGCAUUUUGUUUAGAACUGUAUCUUACAAUUGCAGCCUUUAAAUAAAAAUACAGCACAACAUCUA